GUUAACUUUUGUAAAUUGGUAUACAUCGCUGAUUUUAUUUGAAAAUUAUAACUUGUAGCUACUCCGAUAGUUAAAUCUAUCUUAUUCAUUUUAUUAUGUCAGAUUUACCAGUAGCAGAACUGGAAAAUAUCCACCUAAAACCUUUAGAAGACCCAAUUUUCCAACUUACUUUGAUCGAUAAGUAUGUGACUUUAGAAACAAUAAAAAAUGGAACCUACAGUGGAUUUGUACAUUCAAUUGAUCCGAUGUCUAAAAGUGUAAUCCUUUCGGUACCUUCAGAAGACACCUUCAAAGUCCACCUCAUACUCGGCCAUUCCAUACUAAACAUUGCAGAGACUCUUCCGCCCAAUGAGAACAGACCUCAAAAACAAAAGACUGUCAGCCUCACAGAAGAAGAAAUACUGGUACGAAAGAAUCAAGUUUUUUCGUGGUUAAAAAAGAAUUUACUGCCUGUGGUUGAAAAAGAAAACUCAAUAGAUAUAGGAAAUGUAUCUUUACUGCCACCUUAUGGUGUUAGUGAUUUGUGUACGGACAAUGCAGUGGUUGCCGUUGAAAUAAGGAAAAUAUUGGAUAAUAUGCCUGUGGACUUUGUAGCUUAGUUGGUUAAGAAGAUUGUGAAAUUAAAUGUUUAUUGUAAGUA